AUGUCAUUUGAUUCAUUUGGAGAUUAUGCUACCAUUGUUGUUUUUGGUGCAUCAGGGGAUUUAGCUAAAAAGAAAACUUUCCCAGCAUUAUUUGGAUUAUUUAGAGAAAAACAAUUACCAUCAACAGUUCAAAUCAUUGGUUAUGCUAGAUCUCAUUUAGAAGAUGAAGAAUUUAAACAAAGAAUUUCUGAACAUUUUAAAGGUGGUGAUGAUAAAAUCAAACAAGAUUUUUUAAAACUUGUUUCAUAUAUUAGUGGACCUUAUGAUACUGAUGAAGGUUAUAAAAAAUUAGAAUCAAGAUGUCAAGAAUAUGAACAAAAGAAUAAUCAAAUAUCUGAAAGAUUAUUUUAUUUGGCUUUACCACCAUCUGUAUUCACUACUGUUUGUGAAAAAGUUAAAAAAAAUGUUUAUCCACCUAAAGAAGGUAAACUUAGAAUUAUUAUUGAAAAACCUUUUGGACGUGAUUUAGAUACUUAUCGUGCUAUGCAAAAAGAAAUUUCUCCAUUAUUUACUGAAGAUGAAAUUUAUAGAAUUGAUCAUUAUUUAGGUAAAGAAAUGGUGAAAAAUUUAUUAGUAUUAAGAUUUGGUAAUGAAUUAUUUAGUGGAGUUUGGAAUAAUAAACAUAUUUCAUCAAUUCAAGUUUCAUUUAAAGAAGCUUUUGGUACUGAAGGUAGAGGAGGUUAUUUUGAUACCAUUGGAAUUAUUAGAGAUGUUAUGCAAAAUCAUUUAUUACAAGUUUUAACUUUAUUAACUAUGGAAAGACCAGUUUCAUUUGAUCCUGAAGCUGUUAGAGAUGAAAAAGUUAAAGUUUUAAAAGCUUUUGAUAAUAUUGAUGUUAAUGAUGUUAUAUUGGGUCAAUAUACUAAAUCAGAAGAUGGUACCAAACCAGGUUAUUUAGAUGAUAAAACGGUGAAUCCUGAUUCUAAAGCUGUUACUUAUGCUGCUUUUAGAGUAAACAUUCAUAAUGAAAGAUGGGAUGGUGUUCCAAUUGUUUUACGUGCUGGUAAAGCUUUAGAUGAAAGUAAAGUUGAAAUUAGAAUUCAAUUUAAACCUGUUGCUAAAGGAAUGUUUAAAGAAAUUCAAAGAAAUGAAUUAGUUAUUAGAAUACAACCAAAUGAAGCAAUUUAUUUAAAAAUUAAUUCAAAGAUCCCCGGGAUUUCUACUGAAACUUCUUUAACUGAUUUAGAUUUAACUUAUGCUACUCGUUAUUCAAAAGAUUUUUGGAUUCCAGAAGCUUAUGAAGCUUUAAUUAGAGAUUGUUAUUUAGGUAAUCAUUCUAAUUUUGUUAGAGAUGAUGAAUUGGAUGUUUCUUGGAAAUUAUUUACUCCAUUAUUAAAAGCAGUUGAAGAUCCUGCUAAUAAAAUAGAAUUACAAUAUUAUCCUUAUGGUUCAAAAGGUCCAAAAGAUUUAAGAAAAUAUUUGAAAGAUCAUGGUUAUAUAUUUAGUGAUCCAGGUACUUAUCAAUGGCCAUUAACUAGUCCUAAUGUUAAAGGGAAAAUUUAA